AUGCGUGAUACUGUCUGGUUGAUUGCCUGUUUCCUGAUCCUUCUUCUUCUUCUACUUCUUCUGACCCAGUCAUCAUCAUCAUCAUCAUCACCCCAACCAGGAUCUACACAACUAACUGGCUUGAAUAAAAUAACCUUGAAUACAGAUGGACAAUUUAUUGACACUCGUGGAUUUAUCAAGUUAUUUCGUGGAUUUAAUUCUGUUCAAAAAUCUUUUCCAUGGUAUUCUCAACAAGUGUUGAAUAUAACACAGAUGAAAAUGUUUCAAAACUGGGGUAUCAAUACAAUUCGUUUACAAGUGAUGUGGAGUGGAGUAUAUCCUCAUCAAUCGACCAUUAAUACUACAUACUUAGAUCAAAUUGAAAAAAUAGUCAAUCUGUUUGCACAGUACAAUAUCUAUGUGAUAUUAGACAUGCAUCAAGAUGCUCUGUCAUCUCGUUAUGGUACAUACGAUGGAAUACCACUAUGGUUGAUUGAUCAAUUCAAAAGAUCAUCACAUGCUCUACAAUAUCCUUGGCCUUAUAAACAAGCACCAAACUGUGAAAUGUGUAAUUAUUUAACUUAUGAGUGUAGUAAUGCAGCACAACAGUUAUAUGAUAAUGUAUCGAAUUCAUGGAGUCAUUGGGGUGAUUUUUGGGAAGUGAUUGCCGAAAGAUUCAGGCAUACUACAAAUGUACUUGGUUAUGAAUUGAUCAAUGAACCGCCACCGGGUAACUAUUAUACAAAUCCAUUACGUGGUCUUUCAGGUUACGCUGGACGAUAUAAUCUGCAACCAGUAUACGAUUAUCUGGUCGAACGAAUACGGAAACAUGAUACUGAGACACUGAUAUUUUAUGAACCCAUUACAUAUGGGAUAUUUACUCCUUUCACUACGAGUUGGUUAGGCACAGGAUUCGAACGUGUACCAGGAGCGAAUAAAGAUAAAUCAGCGCCGAAUAAAAGUGUAUUAUCCUACCAUUAUUACUGUUGGAUUCUACAGACAGAAAAUUCAAAUUCAACUAUGCCGUUUUGGAAGAAAAUUGUUUGUGAUGAGUUCCUCUUACCGGAUGUUAUAUCGAAUGCUAUUAAAGCUAUGCAGAGGACUGGCGGUGGUCGAUUUCUAACUGAAUUCGGCAUAUGUGGAGAUGAUGGAAACGCAAAUAGUGUGAAUACAGUUGAAUGCAAUGCUAUACUUGAUGAAGUUGAUAAACGCUUUGAAUCGUGGACCUACUGGGAUGGAAAUUUUCUCGACGAAAUGGGAAAUCCUAUUGACAGUCAGGUGAAAUCUUUCAUUCGACCUUAUCCUCAAUCAACUAAUGGUAAACUGAAGAAACUUCGUUUCAAUCAUAAGACGGGAGAAUUUCAUUUCUGUUUUUCUACACUCCACCAAUCCAUCGUUGCUCAAAUACCAUCUAAUCAAAGUGUUGUUGAUGAACAAGUCGUGCUGGUUGCAGAGAUUUACAUACCACAAUCUGUUCAUUAUCCGAAUGGAUUUAAGCUGAAUCUACAUCCAGAUUACAUAAUGAAAAAUAUGACAGGGAAUAUUCUGUCUCUUUACCUACCAAAGGAGAAGUUGAACAAUAAAUCUGUAGAAGUAAAAGUGGAUAUUUGGAGAAAAUAA